CCUUUUCUGCCCUGGAAAGGUUUUUAUUGGUGGAAUCCAAAGACAUGGGGGAGGAGCUUCACUGUGGUGUCGUCACAUCCAAAGCCAAAACGGAGAGCGGCACGGGGGCGUGGCUAACAAUGAGCUGCUCUGAUUGGUGGACUGCUAUCCUGGUUACCAACCAACACUACACGAGACACAUGAGAAAACGGGGAAAAUAGGGAAAAUAAAUUCGUAUUUCCACUCGUAAUGGCCCCCAAAAAACAAAAGCGUCUUUACAUAAACGAUGGACGCAUUUUUAAGCAGCGUUAAAACGGUCGCUUCCCUUCAAAUUAUGGGCUAGUUGUAGUUUAUUUACAUCGGUAUCAUCCGCAGCACACAAUGGAGAAGACUAAGAAGUGCCAAACGGAGAAGCCUGCCUUUGCUGGAGAUGACACUCUGGAUGAAUAUUUAAUCUCCCUCCAACACAAAAACAGAAUCUUAAAACGCCUCAGAGUAAAAGACCCCAAAGAGAUUGAGUUGGAACGGCUCGAACAAGGUUUUUCAAUUUAUCUUAACGGAGCCAAUGCUGAAUGUAGCAAAAAGCAGCUCAAAGGCCCCAAGAAAAAGCCAGACUCCUCUCUGCCCACACGUGCAGCUGAUGUGUGUAGAAGCGCCCACCAGCUAACUGGAGGUAGCCGCUUUCAGGACCAGACAAACAGUAAGAGGAGCCAAACUGCCCCGGAAAAGGCUCAGAGGAAAGAAUGGGUGCAGAAUUCAGUUGAAAUACGAACAGAGGAUGGCCUAACUUUGAAACUGACCCCAGAGACGCGCUACUCUGAUGAUUUUGAGCCCUAUGAAAGCGUAGACAUGGAGAGCUCUAGUCCUCUCUCAAGUCCUCGCUCCCCUCAUAGUCCCUGCUGCCAGAGAGACCCCUGCAAAGUUUCACGCUCCUUCAGCUCCAAGCCUGAGAGCCAGGGAGGCCAAACAAGCCAGGAGCAUGCAGAGAAGGUGCUGCUGAACCUUGAGGAAGUGAAGGUUUUGCGCCGGAACUUGGAGGUUAGCAUGCGACGGAGCAGCAGCGUUUCAGCCGGGGAGGAGUCGGAUGAGGAGUGGGUAGAGGAGCAGAUAGAGAGAGAGGACAGCACAGAGAGUCUGGAUGAGCUCGGGCUCCCCCUCUCCUCCUCCAAGUCCUCCUCCAACUCGGAACCAAGCCGGACUCAGAGUCACUUUGAUUCAACAAAGCUCAUCGUUUUGGAUUUCGGACCUUCACCAAAAGGGCAUAAAAUUGAACGCUCUCUAUCUGCAAAAAGGAAAGAAAGCGCUGACACCUUUAUACCAGUCAAACCUGUGUUGGUGAAGAGCAAAACUUUAGACGGCUGGGAUGGUCAGAGGCCAAGAAGUCAGUUGGAGAGAUCCCUGUCAGCCACUAGAAAGGCUUCAGUGGAAGAGCGAGACUCGGAGGAGACGCGGUACAUGGUGUGCCAGGCAAUACAGAAAGAAAACGCUUCCCUCCAGAACGCCGAGCUCUUCAGUCGAAACAUGACUCUGGGACACCAAAUGAUGGAUGGCUUAAAGCCCGACAGCAAACACGACAAGGAUGAGAACAAUGUCACUGUGGCAAUGCAGCGAAUAACGCUCAUGGCUCCCAGGCAACAACAGACGCUGCUCAAAGCCCUGGAGAAACUCGACGCCGGACCCAGCCACAAUAUUUCUCACACCAUGAAGUCAGAUCACAGCAAGCAGGCUAGAGGGCAGUCGCCAGCAGAGGUCACUCCCGCGUUAUACGUUACCAUGGAGAUCCUGUCAAACUGGGGGAACUUGCUCCAGGUCGGGCUGACCGAGGUGCAGUUUUUCUGCCGCAGAAACAAGAAGAUCUAUGUGUCGCCUCAUGACCUAGACAUCAGGAAUGCCGACUUCCCAGGGAACCUGGGCGCGCUCGUCAACGGAAAAAUGAAGACAACUAAAGAGCGCUACAUGUGGACCUGCCCUUUCCACCCUCCAAUCCAGCUUUAUUUCAUCAUCAGAAACAUGGAGCGCUCUCUGGAUUUUGGAAUAUCUUGUAUCAAAAUUUGGAAUUACAACAGAAGCCUCAAAGACCUCGACAUAGGAGCACGCCAUGUAAAGCUUUACCUUAACAGCACCCUGGUGUUUGACGGCGAGCUGGAGAAGGGCUGCGGCAGUCAAGUCUUUGACUACAGCACCACCAUCAACCUUCAAGAUUUCCAGGUCCCAGAGUCGUCCUUCUCCACCCCUGUGUGCUCCGGCCACAAUCUGAGAGGGGCGACUCCCCAUCACUAUGACGACAGGAAGGGGGCAGAGAGCGGCAGCAUGCAGCGGUACAGGAGUUCCGUAGCGUCGUCGGAUGCAGCUGGGCAGAUUUUGGUCGACAUGCAGGAGAAAUCCCACACGCCCCUGCUGCCCGUCAUCCCGUCAGCCGCUGCUGCGUGGCGUUCCUCCGCACAGAAGAACUCUUUUGACCUGGCUUCGUCAGACGAAUUUCAUUCUCCGAGACAGCAGGUCGAGCAGCUGCUCCCUCUGGACCAGACGGUCACCACUCAGCCAUCCUCCUCAAGGGUUGCCCCCCAGUGGCUGCAGCCUCUAAGCAGAGGCGCCCCAGAGGGCUGUGAAGCCAGCAGGGAGAAGCCUCGCUGGCUGGUACCUCAGCACUCUGGCGAGUCCAAACCACCAGCACCCUCAUCCUCCUCCAUGCUACCAGAACUGCCUUGUAACCCGGGCCGAGUGUGUCGGGGGGUAGCCAAUGGGGGGCAGAAAAAGGCAGGCUCCUUUGACUUGAGUGCGAACCUGCUGGAAGAGUUUUUGGAGCCAAAGACAGAAAGACCCGUCAGCGGACGCAGGAGCUCCUUCAGAAGUCCGUCAGUCGUUGGAGCAGAGGAGCAGAGGGCUGCAGCAGGGACAAACGCAGAGUCUGGUAUUUAUUCCUUAGAAGACCCGAUGUCCCUGGUGAACCCCGGCAGGAGGCAGAGCAGCUCCCGGGCCCAGCUGCACAGCCAGCAGGACGACACCCUCAGGGAGUCCUGGGACUCGCUCGUAAAGUUCAACCAGUGUCAGCGGGGACGCAUCUCCAACAUGAGCUUUGAAGGCGACAUCUUUGACGAAUUCCUUCAGCAUCAGAGACUGGAUAACCCCUCGGUGCAGAAUAACGCCUCGACAGUUCCUCCCAGAAGCCCGGCGACUCCCCUGGCCUCUCAGGGGCUAACGUGCGACGUCUCUGAAGAUGAUCCAUCUGCGGAGCGAGAGGACGAAUUUGAGAUCCCUGUGCUCCCACAAGGACAAAAGUUGGUUAUAAACAUUCUGUCCACGUGGGGAGAUCGCCACUAUGUAGGUCUCAAUGGCAUCGAGGUGUUCAGCUCUUCUGGGAAGCCCCUCCGCCCUGUUCAUAUCCACGCCAACCCCCCAGACAUCAACAUUCUCCCGGCGUACGGCAAGGAUCCGCGGGUGGUCACCAACUUAAUCGACGGCAUUAAUCGCACCCAGGAUGACAUGCACCUUUGGCUAGCGCCGUUUACCCCCGGACGCAACCACACCAUCUUCAUGGACUUUGGAGGUGUGUGUCAGAUCGCUAUGAUCCGCAUCUGGAACUACAACAAGUCCCGCAUUCACUCGUUCCGCGGUGUGAGAGAGGUGGAGAUGCUGCUCGAUGGAAGAUGCAUCUUCAGAGAGGAAAUCGCCAAAGCGUCUGGAACGCUCUCCGGAGAAUUGGACCAGUUUGGAGACACCAUCCUGUUCACUACCGAUGAUGAGAUCUUGGAAGCCAUGUCUCGUUACGAUGAAACCUUCCUCAGUGAAUUUGAGAGUCCUCAGAGCCUGGCGUCUGAGGAGGAGCUGCAGAGGCCGCGCACCGCUGACGGCGAAGGAGAAGAACGGCCGUUCACUCAGGCUGGAUUCAGAGAGGAAGACCUCAGUCUAAAACAGCCACUGAGGUAUCCCUUGAGCCAUUAUGAGGAGAAUGUGGAGCAAAUUCCUGGGAUGUACACUGGAAAGUGCCUUAGAGUAGAGUUGGUGACGACAUGGGGAGACUCCCACUAUGUGGGCCUCACAGGCCUGGAAGUAGUGGGUAAAAAUGGUGACAGUUUACCUUUAGAUCUCAGCAUGAUGGCUGCCUCGCCGAGGGACCUCAACGACCUAGAGGAGUACGAAAAUGACCUGCGAACCCUCGAUAAGCUAAUAGACGGCCACAACGUCACCACAGACGACGAGCACAUGUGGCUGAUUCCUUUCUCCUGUGGAGAGCCCCACAUUUUGAGCAUCACCUUCACCAAACCCCAGGUUAUUGCUGGGCUCCGGAUCUGGAACUACAACAAGUCUCCUGAGGACUCGUACAGAGGGGUGAAAGUCAUCCAUUUGUUUUUGGACGAUGUUGCAAUCUCUCCAGUGGAAGGAUUCCUCAUCAGGAAAGGACCCGGCAACUGUCACUUUGAUUUUGCCCAGGAGCUCCUCUUUAUCGACUUCCUUCAGACGCCAAUAAAUAAUAAGAAUAACACAGAAUCUCACAGAGUAAGUUCCAAGAGGCAGGAGCUGGCCAGCAUGGACUAUGAAGCUCCCAUAAUGCCUUGUGGAUUCAUAUUUCAGCUGCAGCUUUUAACUACCUGGGGAGAUCCGUACUACAUUGGUCUGAACGGCCUGGAGUUCUACAACCAGAACCACGAGAAGAUCAACCUCUCUGACAACAACAUCGCAGCAUUUCCAGAUAGUGUGAAUGUGUUGGACAACAUCAGCGGUGAUGUAAGGACUCCUGAUAAAUUAAUAGAUGGAAUCAACGACACCCACGAUGGCAGACAUAUGUGGUUAGCGCCCGUGCUGCCAGGAUUGGUGAACCGGGUCUACAUCAUCUUUGAUCAGCCGGUAACCGUUUCCAUGAUUAAGCUCUGGAAUUAUUCAAAGACACCUCAGAGAGGAGUUAAAGAGUUUGGGCUACUAGUGGACGACCUUUUGGUUUAUAACGGCAUCUUGGAAUGCGUAAACCCCCGAGCACAGGGAAUCCUGCCCACCUGUGAUCCAGUGGUGCAGUACCACACCAUCUUGUUCACAGACGACGCUUACAUCGCUCACCGUGAGAGAAACACGGUCAUCAGUAAUCACGUGGAGGACCAGGACGUGAAGAUGACCAACGAGAACCAGAUUGUUCAUCACAGCAAGAAAAAGCAAACGGCAGAUCCAGCUCUUCGGCCUAAAACCUGCAUGACCGAUGGUGGAAAACACGGAAAGAGGAGGUACUAACCGACGAGUCGACACAUAAAAAGGCAGAAUUACAUUAAAAAAAUGGGGCCUCAACAACCAGCAGCCACUUUUCUACGACUCCUAAUGGCUACACUGAGUGGACGGAGCAUGGACGCGCUUUAUUUUUUGAUUUCGUCCCCUCCCACAGUGCCAGGAGAAUACGAGUCGCUGCGUUUUACCAGCCCUUUAAUCGUGCCUAAACUCAACACUGUACAUGUGGCUGCUACGUGUGAAUCUUGUGCUGCAUAUACUAAUGCUGCUUCUGACAUAAUCGCUCAAAGAUCUUAUAAAUAUACUCGCAUCAGGAUGUCAGUGUUUGUGUCCACUCAUGAGCUGAACCCAUCCUCAUAUAUUCUAAUGAAAAGCCAGAUGUAAAGCUAUGCAGCCACCCAUUUCUAUCCACAAAUGAUCUCAAAAUCUCACAGAGAGAUGUUUUCAACUUAGUAAAUUUAUAUGAAUGAUUAUUAUAAAUACUAGGUACAUUGUUGAAAAAGUAAAGUUAUGCAAACACGUGUCUGAUUGAGCCCAUAUUUGACUUUAAAAAGUUUGCAAUCCUUUAUCAAAGAUGCUGUUUUGUGGAGGCAGAACUUUACGAUUUUAAAAAGUCUAUACGAAACAUCUGUUAUGCAAAUGCUGUUCGAUUACCUCAAGAUGAGCAGGAUGGUGUAUAAGGGAAAUAUAUAGUCCACUAUAGUGCUUAGAUAGUAUUGUACCCUUCUUUAAUCGAUAUCUACUGUACUGAGACGUUGCAUGGAAGUGUCCUCAAUAAGAGUUUUGUUUGGAGGAGUUUGUACUGUUUGUUAAACCCCCAGUACCAACGAUUUUGCACUCUGUACUCCUGAGAGUAACUGUACACGAAAUGCAGUUUUAUGUAUUUAAUUUCAGAACAGCAGCAAUGCUCAUUACUGUGUAUAUCAGUUAUGCUGUUUGGAACAGCAACCACUGCUUAGUUUAUUUUGAAUAUUUAUUUUUCUAAUCUUUAUUAUGUGUAUUUGAUGUUAGUUUAUUGAAAUGAAUAAACUUUUAAGAAGA